UCAAUUAUUGGAUCUUAACCUAUUUUCUGUAUUAGACUUGCUUGAUUUAUUAUUUGCUAAUUUCGAGCAUUUCGUGAAGAGGUUAAAGGCAUAAUAAGUCCAGUGCCCAGUGGAGUACCAGUGGACAUACCAAAAUCGUUCAGAUUUGUUUACAUUCAGAACGUUCACGACAGUAGGAAUCUUUAUUCUCGCCGGGACAAAUGUCGAAGAAUAAAAGCAGAAAUGCAUUUUUUUUCUUCAUGGCCGAUUGGAAGAAACGCGAGGAAGCGUAUGGUCGAGCGUUUCCUAAUGGAAUCAAAGACGUUCAACAGGAUCCGGAGUGUAACGCGGAAUGGCAGAGUUUAACUAAGCAAGAAAAAGGUCGUUUUGAAGCUAUGGCCAAAAAUGAUAAAAUUACAUCUCAAAUAUCAGACAAAGACAAGAAAACAUCACUUGGAGAAUCGCUAAUUAUGCUUCAACUAAAAGAAAAGGAAGCACUGAUGUUUUAUAAAAAUAUGCAGGAAAACAUAAAAGUACUAAUCGACACAGCUGUAAAUCUUAAUUUUUUGGCAGAACUGAAAUUUUGUUUUGUACAUGUUAACUGGUUUUUCUCUAUGAUUGUUAACAACACUCUUGAAUAUUUUCCUGCUGAAUAUACAUUUGGAGUUUUUUCAUUGGAAAACGGUAUAGAGGAUGUACAUCAUACUAUUGUCAGUGCUAAAAUUCCAUUAGGAUAUAGACGGGAAGCACUAGAGAUAAGUCAGAACAGUCAUAAAAUACCUGUAGAAUACGAAGGCGGAGAGAUUGACUUUGCUGUUAUGUAUGACAAACUAGCAAAUUUCCUAGAAUCUAGGAAAAUUGUGGAUCAGUAUCCUUAUCUUUAUACAAGGAAGGCUUUCACACGAGAAGCACAAUCCUUGAUAGCAAGAUUGUGUGGUGCAGCACAACAAGAUAAAGAGCAAUUUAAAAUUUAUGAAUUGGAGUCAUUGUUCGUACAUUUGGCAAAUGAAUUAUUCAAGAAAAGAAAAGAUCGAGAUAUGGAUUUAAUUCCUGUUUAUGCUCAUAAAAUAUUUGAAAAUUAUACGUACCGAUUUGAUAAAGGAUUUGAAUGUCAUUUUCAUAAAUAUGUUGAUGGAGGACCUGAAUACUGUAGUAAAUCUGUACUGCAACAAUGGGCAUGGACAUUAUGCGAUGAGUUUUGUGCACCACUUAAUGUCGAGAUGCAAUCAGGAAUACAUCAGCCUGAUAGAUUUGAUAGAAAUCCUAAUCAUUUCAACGAGCAAAGCUUGAUGUCAAUGAUGAACAAGUUGCAAAUCAAGAAUGUUCCUCAAGUUACACCUGGGGCCGAUUUAUCUAUGACAGGCGUAAGUGAGCAACAUAGAUGGAACCGUUCCAGUAGAACAUAUCAAGAAGAAAUGCGCCGUCGAAAUGAAUCAAAACCAGUACAAGUUGUUGAUUGUAGCAAAUCUCAAGACGAUACUAGUACAUCUAAUGAUAAAUCUUCUAUUACCAAGUCAGCUAGCAAAUCUGCUAAGACGCCUAUUGAAGAAAGGACUGAAUAUUUAAAUGAAAAACCAUUGCGACCUCCAAAUAUUGAUUCACGUAUGUAUAUUACUUCCGAUUUAAUUCCAACAGAUGAUGAGAACUUUCCUCCUAUUGGAGGAAGAGGCGCGUCGAUCAGAUCUCGUACUUUCCAAUCAAGAAAGGCGUCUCUAGGCAAAGGACAAGGACAUACAUAAGCAUAUUUUUGAAUGAUUAAAGGAAGCAUAUUGCCGACAUCUACAAUAUACGGAAUAAGCCAUAAACCGUAAGAAAUUGACCAACCAUAGUCGAUCAUUUUCCUUAUGUUUAUGAUUGAUCAAUUUCUUACGGCUUGCAGCUUAUUCCGUAUAUUGUAAACGAUACAAGAGAUCUGAUACAUCAUUUGAUGAACUUCAAUAACGAUAUUUGACAACGAGCUUCACAUACUUAAAUCAUAUGUAAUAGUCAUUUAGUUUACGAUGAAUGUUAUAAUACCAAAGCGAUUUUACUUUUAUUUUACC